AUGGAUUGCAGCGGUGGUAUGGGUUACGGCCGAGGCCAGCACCCACAAAGGGUGGUCUUUGUGGGUUGUUGCGCGACGCAUGUGCCCGACUCCAGGCAGGGUAUCCCGGUUCCUUCUCCAGAGAUGACCAUCCUGCAAACGAUCUUGGUGAGAAUCAGGGAAGUCAGCUAUCGCCGAAUGUGGCCCAACGUGGCAGUCAUUGAAAUGGCUGUCAAUUUAGGAGAUCGACAAGCCAGGGGAAGCUGGUGGACGCUCCGCGUGUUUCACGGCAACCACAUUGUUCGUGUGGAUCGAAUGGAGAACAACUCAUCUGAUUCGGGGGGAUGUCCGGAAUCCGAAGAUAGUGUCAAGCCAGGUCCACUCGUUCGCGAAUAA